AUGGAGGAGCGUUCCGCUUGCCAUCCGUCGAAUUCCUCAUGUGAUUGCAAUUUUCUUUACGGGUACUAUGAUGUGGGUGAUCGAGUGGUACUGGGCCUCAUCGCUCUCCCGAUCAUCACCUUUGGAAUCUGCGCGAAUUUGAUGAGCAUUCGGAUCUUCACAAACAGAAUCAUGUUAUCAUCAACGAUCAACUGGUUCCUUGCCGCUAUUUCCAUCUCCGACACGAUCAUUCUCUGCUCAGCGUUUUGCGUGUGGACACUGCCGAGAUUAGGCGAAUAUCUGAUGUUUUGGCGAGCGGCUUAUUGGAGUUACAUGAUGGAUCCAAUGAUGUUAGGCCUGAUGACAACAGGGAAAACGUUGAGUGUUUACUUGAUGCUUGGUGCAUCGGUUCAUCGAUACAUUGGCGUCUGUCAUCCGUACAUCGCAUCACAGUUAUUGCCAGCGGAGCGAAUCAUCAAAUUAAUCGUCUCGAUCGCGAUUUUCUCCGUUCUUUUCAAUAUCACAAGAUUUUUAGAGGUAGAAGUUGCGAAUGUCUGCUAUCAGAUCAACAUCGACUACAAACUGCCUCAAUUGUGGCCCACAAAGCUACGCGAGAAUCCCACGUAUAUUUUGAUUUUCCAUGGUUGGACAUUAACUCUGAUUAUGUUCAUCAUCCCAUUCACUUUACUGAUCGGCUUCAACUGCAAAGUGCUGCACGCGGUGCGAAAAAGUCGAAAAGCUCAUAUGCACGGUGAUGAAAAUGACGAUUUGUAUAGAAGAGAGAAACGAAAAGAACGGAAGACUUCGAUAAUGCUGGUAGCGGUGGUGAUGCAAUUUCUAACUUGUCACUCUUUAUCUUUCGUUUGCGACAUUUUGGAGAAUCUAGGCGUCGAUAAAAGCAGUUGGGGAUCGCUGGUGACCGCCAAUAAUUUUGCGGUCCUUGUCAACUCUUCAUUGGACAUUUUCAUUUACAUUUUGUUCUCAGAAAAGGAGAAAACCUCAACUUUCAAAGCUUUACUCUUUUUACGGGUCUAUUCUUUAUAUGUAUUGAUAAAACAU